CUCAAAAUAUUAAAAAUAAAAUAAAAAAAUCCAAAAAAAGUGAAAAAAAAUAAUCAAAAUAUCUCAGUAACAUUAAACCCCAAAACCCUACAUUUUCUUAAACCUCCAUUCAUCAUCAUCAUCAUCAUCAUCUUCUUCUUCUCCAUUUUCCAUUCUCACUAACAUGGAAAAGUAGCCAUUAUUUGUACUUCUUUAAUGACUAAUUAAACCAACAAAAAAUAGGCUACUACUAUGGCUAUUAAGAAGAAGAAGCAAAAUAAAAGUUCGAAGAAGAAGCAGAAGCAGCAGUUGUUUAUGAGUGAAGAUGAUUAUAGACUUAGGUUACAAGAGGGAUUAUAUUCAGCUGAUUAUAUAUUGGCUAAGAUUUUUAGAAAAGAUGGCCCGACACUUGGUGCUGAAUUUGAUGCUCUUCCUCAUAAUGCUUUUUCUCGGAGUAAUAAAGGUUCCAGAACUUGUGGUCAUGCUAGACAAGAAAGCCAAGGAGCAACUAAGAGGAGAAAGGUCUCUGCCCCUGCCACCGCGAGUAGCCCUCCUGUGAAAAAGCAUGGUACUGGGAAAGGUCUGAUAACAAAAGACACUUUGGUGAAAAAGUAUGGCAGGGGGAAAGGUUUAAUGACUGAGAAGAGUGCUAGUCUUAGAAGUCACGGUAUGGGGAAGGGUUUGAUGACGGUUUGGCGGGCAACAAAUCCUCACGCCGGAGACAUCCCCACUGGUGUUGGCUUUGGAGAGAGUGCUAAAGAGAGAAAGAAGAAGUUGCUGCAGCGACAGUCUAUUUUGAGAAAAAUAGAAAAGAAAUUGCAGGAUAAGAAGAAGGUUGGUGUGAAAUGCAGACAGGCAAAGAAUAAAAGGAUUGAAAAGCAGAAGCCGUCUCGUAAGGAAAAAUGUGAACUUUCUCUAGAAGGGAGAAAGUGCCAAGAAGGAUUACCCAUCAAAAAAAGAAAGUACCAAGAAGAGUUUACUCAGUUGGGGUCGCUAGUGGAUGAUGAGGAACUUGAGUUAAUGGAGUUGGAAGCAGGACCUAGCUCAUUGACAUGCUGUACACACUUUGCAAGCAAUGGACUUCGUGGCUGUUCACUUUGCAAAGGUUUACUUCCGAAGUUUCCUCCGGAUUCAGUGAUAAUGAAGCUGCCUCUCUAUGAGCGACCGUGGGAUUCCUCUCCAGAGCUUGUCAAGAAACUUUUCAAGGUCUUCCACUUCCUUUGUACAUAUGCUGCAAGAAUUGAUAUCUGUUCUUUCACAAUUGAUGCGUUUGCACAAGCCUUUCAUGAAAAAGAUUCCUUGAUCCUUGGACAAGUUCAUUUAGCCUUUCUCAGGCUUCUUUUGGCAGAUGUUGAAAUUCAGCUUAACAGGGGAUUCAUUCAUCAAGCAAGUAGAAGUUGCAAUUUCUUGGGAUUGGUUCACUCAAUUGAACAUGAAGAAUUUAGUCUGGAACUCUGGAUUGGUUCUCUUAAUGCCUUAACAUGGACAGAGAUACUGCGACAAGUCUUGAUCGCUGCUGGUUUUGGAUCCAAACGUGGUAGUGUACCUGGGGAGGCUCUCAGCAAGGAAGUUAGUUUGAUGGCUAAGUAUGGGUUAACCCACGGUACACUGAAGGGUGAACUUUUUAGCAUUCUGCUAAUUAAAGGAACUGAUGGAAUGAAGGUACAUGAGUUGGCAAAACUUCAAUCUAUUGGUGAAUUGAAUCUGGCAACGACAACCAUUCAGCUAGAAGAUUUAAUAAGCUCAACCCUUUCUAGUGACAUUACCUUGUUUGAAAAGAUCUCAUCUUCAGGUUACCGUCUACGUAUUAAUCCUUCUUCACAGGAAUCCGGAAUUUCUUUCUCAGAUUCUGAAGGAGAUGAUGCCGAGGUUAUUAGUGGAUACAUCAGAGAUAAUUCAGACUGUGAGUCCCGCGAACUAGUUCUAGCUGAAUCUGGACAGAGAUAUCAUCGGUUUGAAAAUAGGAACAGUUUAUCAACAGUAAACACUGAAAUUGAUGAGAGCUACUCAGGAGAAGCAUGGUUGUUAGGGCUUAUGGAAGGUGAAUAUUCAGAUCUGGGCAUUGAGGAGAAGCUGAGCGCCUUGGUGGCAUUGGUUGAUCUUCUUACUGCUGCAUCCAGCAUUGCUGAAAAGGAUUCGGUGCCAUCUGCUGUAGAAUGUGCUCCUUCAAUGAUUCAUCAUGCUUCUGGGGGAAAAAUUAAACGGUCUUCAGCAAAAUCAUCCUAUUUGACUGGGCAAGCACAAAGUCAAUGUGGACAUCUUAGUAACCAAGAUCCAACAGCGUCAUUGGAACUUCAGCCAGUUGACUCUUCAGUGGCAAUGUCAAAACACUCUGUGAAAAAUAAGUCGCUUAGCACUGCAAAAAAAGCCAGAGAACUGGAAGCUGGGGAUGAUGUUCACCCUAUGCAGUCAAUCUUCCUCGGUUCAGACCGUAGGUACAAUAGAUACUGGAUUUUCUUGGGCCCUUGCAAUGAAUUUGAUCCGGGGCACAGGAGGAUUUAUUUUGAAUCGUCUGAAGAUGGUCAAUGGGAGGUGAUUGAUACUGAAGAGUCUUUGUGCUCUUUGUUGGCUGCCUUGGACCGUAGAGGUGCCCGAGAGGCUUUUCUAGUUGCAUCUCUGGAGAAACGGGAAACGUUCUUAUGCCAAGCAAUGUCAAAUAUUCUGAAUGAUUCAGGAGAUAGUCAAUCACCUCAAUGUGGAAGGAACUUUUCUAGGGAAGAUAGUUCAUCAUCUGCAGUUUCUGAUGUGGACAACUUAAGCCUUGUUGACGUGAACAAUGGUUCUACUGGUUCGAAGGUUCCUGUAGGGAGAAAAGGAGAACCUCAGCAAGACAAAUGGAACAUCGCUCAAGCUUUCGACACAUGGGUGUGGAAAUCAUUCUAUUGUAAUCUCGCCGCUGUGAAACGUGGGAAAAGGUCUUAUCUUGAUUCACUUGCAAGGUGUGAACAAUGCCAUGAUCUAUACUGGAGGGAUGAGAAGCACUGCAGGAUUUGCCACACCACUUUUGAGCUUGAUUUUGAUCUUGAAGAAAGAUAUACCAUUCAUACUGCAACAUGUAGGCAGAACCUAGAUCCUGAGAAGUUAUCAAAUCCUAAAAUUCUCCCAUCAGAAUUGCAGUCACUUAAAGCUGCAAUACAUGCAAUUGAGUCGGUAAUGCCUGAUGAUGCCCUAAUUGGUUCUUGGAGAAGAUCUUCCCACAAUCUUUGGAUCAAAAGACUGCGCAGGGCGUCAACUUUAUCAGAGAUUUUACAGGUUCUUGCUGAUUUUGUCACUGCUAUCAACGAGGACUGGUUGUGUGAAUCUGGUCAUACUUUGGGAUUGAAUUAUGACCCAGAAGAAAUUAUUGCAAGCUUUUCAAGCAUGCCCCGGACUUCAUCUGCAGUUGCAUUUUGGUUGGUCAAGUUGGAUGCCUUGGUCGGACUCCACUUGGAAAGUGUCCAUUAGCACUAUAAGAAGUCGUAAAGGUUGUUUCAAACAGGUCAAUAUUCUUUAGUUCUCACUUCCCAGGUAAAGAGUACAUGGUUUUGUAUCAAAGUCAGAUCCAUCAAACGUUUUUGUGCCAAAUUUAAGAUACUUGGAGAGAGGGUUUGUUCCUAUCAUUUUCCCCUGAAGGAAUCGUGCUGCUUAUGGCUACAAGUGCAACAGAAAGCUUUAUGACUUUUUGGAAAGUAAAGCAGAAAAGAUGGCAGUUCAGCAAUCGGUUCAACAAAACGAAGCUGAUGUAUGUAUGAUAAUACUUCCUGGCAUCCAUUUUUGUUAUCAUCACUAUACCUAGGAUACAUGAGUGCUUCUUGAAUGUACAUAGUAUUGCAGGUUCUUUUGCUCAUCUUCAAUCUUCUUCAACCCAAUUUUGGUGUAUUAGAACUUAGCUCUUGAUUUCUUCACAUGUAUUAGCUCAUUCCUUGUAAGAUAAAACUGUGAAACAUGUUUCCAUUGGCGGCACAAUAAUAGAAAUUUAAUGGUA